UCACUCCAUUUUUCUCUGUCAUCAAUCAACAGUCGUCACAGCUUUCUUGGCCGGUAAAUUGCAACGUCUCCGACCGUCGCCGAUGAAUCUCCGAUGAACAGUAAUUCCGUGGUUUCUCACAAAUAGAAUUGAAGAAUAGAAAAUUGAGACAUAGUUUGACUAAGUGAAAUUCAGAGACUAGGGUUUUUUUAGGUCACUCUGGUUAAAUUUUUAUUGUUAGUCGUUCGAGACGGGGACGAUAGGUGUGGGUUUAGAGAAUAAUGUGUAUAUUGUGUCAGAUACAAAGGUGGUCUAGAGGGGUAGCUACCAUGUUGCCAUGGAUGGUGAUUCCACUGAUUGGGUUAUGGGCACUAUCACAGCUAUUGCCACCUGCAUUUCGGUUUGAAAUUACGUCGCCGAGGUUUGCUUGUGUAAUGGUGCUUCUGUUUACACUUUUGUGGUAUGAGGUUUUGAUGCCUUGGUUGUUAGCUUGGCGGGUGAGAAGGAUUGCUAGGCUUAGAGAGAGGGGGAGGCUCUUGGCUAUUGAAAUACAGAAGUUGAGGAAAAUAGCAACGAGGAGGUGUAGGAAUUGUUUGACUCCGUAUAGGGAUCAGAAUCCCGGUGGUGGGAAGUUUAUGUGUUCAUAUUGUGGGCAUAUAUCGAAGAGACCUGUUCUUGACUUGCCUGUGCAGCCAGGAUUGGGGCUUCUGAAUUCUGGGAUUUUGAAAAACUUAAUUGGGAAAGGUGGAAAGAUAUUAAAUGGGAAGGUUUGGCCUGACAAUAGGUUGAUGUGUAGACAGGAUUCAGUAGAGGAUGAGAAUUGGGUCAAGGGUUCUUUUGUUGGGAAGUCAAGCACUUGGAGAAAUAAUGGCAGUGGAUUUUUCGAUAGGGAGCAUUGUUUUGCAGAGAAGUCAUAUUCUCGUGUUUUUAUUUUAGCCAGCAAAGCUUUGACGGAUUUUUUCUCUAGUAUCAUGUGGCUCUGCAGGAGUAUUUUUAGGAUUAGUUCCUUCAGGGACGGUGAUGCUUCAAUGAAUGCAGAGCAAAGAGCAAUGUUGGAUAAGAGAAGGGAAAAUGGGGGGAAUUUUCAGGAGAGUAGAUGGGAAAAAACUCGAAGAAAAGCAGAAGAGAAGAAGCAGGCUAGGUUAGAGAGGGAGCUAUUGGAGGAGGAGGAGCGACAACAAAGAGAGGAAGUUGCUAGAUUGGUGGAAGAGCGCAGGAAAUUGCGGGUGGAACAUACAGAGGCCGAGAAAGAACAUAGUAAAAUGUCACUCUCUGAUAAGGUACGAGACAGUAAAAGAGAAGCAGAAAAGAGGCGUCAAGAGAAGAGGAAAGAAAGGGACAGGGCAUCUAGCAAAAGCAACUCAGAUACAGAAGAGCUGGAUAAAAGUGCAGCCAAGGGAAGUGAGCGAAGCAAGUGUGAUGUGAGUGAUAGAAGGCGGCAGCAAAAAAAUAGGCGAGAAACUGUUAAGUCACAUAAUGCAGAAGUUAUUCAUGGUUCUAAGGGUGCUUCGAAAAGCAAUCACAACCAUGGGAAUGUUGGAACUCGGUACUUGGAUAGUAUUAGGGGUACCCUUUUAUCGUCUUCUAUAGCAUUUACUGGAGGUGAUCAUUCUGUAAAGAGUAAUAAUACUUUUGUUCCAAGAGAACACAAAUCUAAGACUGGCAUAGACCAUAUUCAAACCCAUGGCUCGAGAAGGAAACUAUCUCAGCCAGAUAGGGUAUCUGGAAAACUGAAUGCAAAUGUGGACGAAAGGAGCAUCAACCAGCCUGUGCUUAUUGAACCUCAACCAUCUACAGCUCCUAAAAAAUCAUGGCAACAAUUAUUCACACGUUCAACUGCUGUUUCUCAUCCAACUUCAAAUGUGAUAAGCAGACCAUGUGUUAGGCCACAAGCAGAAGUUCAAACACCAACUUACCCCUUUCAACCUCCAUCUACACAAUCCUUUGACAACCCCAUUAGCUUUGGACUCCCGUCACCUUUUCCUUUAUCUACUUUUGCUUUUGGAUCCACAAGUAAUGGUACAACUCUUCCAUUAUCAUCAGAACCAUUGAUUCCUCUAGUUGGAGAUGGUGCAGGUCAGUUAUUGCCAGAGGAGUCAGAGAUUUUUGAAGAUCCUUGUUAUGUUCCAGACCCAGUUUCAUUGCUUGGACCCGUUUCUGAGUCACUCGAUAACUUUCAGCUUGACCUUGGGGUUGUGUCAAAUGUAGGAUUGGACAAACCAUGUCCUGUAAAGGGUGUCAAUGUCUCUUCUGAAGUAACCAGACCAUCACCGAUUAAGUCUCCAAUAUCAAGAUUGUAUGUUCCAGAGGAGAGGCAUGCUGAGUCUUCUCUUUUCGCCCGCACUCCUAAGGCUCAGAAUGUACGCAAUGUGGCACCAAUGAAUGUUUCAAGUAAUGCAAAUGAUACGGGAACAUGGAAGAUGUGGAAUAGCUUUCCACUUGGCCAAGAUGGUCUUAGUUUAAUUGGUACUCCAGCCAACUGGCUUUUAAAUCCAGAACUUAACAGAUCAAACAUGGAAGAGAUAAUCUCUCCUGCACCUCCGAAGACCAUGGCUUCACUGUUUAAAAAGGAUGAUCAAGUCCUUUCUGUCUCUCAUUCUCCACAAACAGUUUAUGCAGGAAAUUGCCAGAAUGGCACGACACUUGGUGCUUAUUUGCCUAGUAGUGCUGAAAACGGGUUCCAAAACUCACUCUUUGGUGAAAGUCAAUUCUCUCUCAAUCCUGAGAAUGCUGCUCAGAGUUAUUAUGAGAGUCCUAAUGCUCCCGUGACAAGCUAUCCAUUUGAGUUGUCUCCACCUGAUUUUUGGGCCAAGAGGGAUCGGACUCUGCCAGGAGAACGUGUAGGCAACCCACAGAUAACAAGGGCCUCAAUUGGUGGCUUAUACCACACACCAGAUGUACAGUCUCUUUGGUCAGAGUUAAAAAAUGAAAGAAAAAAAAUAGCAAAGGAAAAACGGGGAGAGGAUUUGAUUUCGCCCUCCUGUUUUGAAGAGGAAAUUAACCCUCUUUUGUAGGAAAUUUUAGAAUGCUGGACUAGUUGUAUCUUCCUUCUUUUCUUUGAAAGGGAGAUUUACUUACAUUAUCAUGCUGGAGUUACAUGUAACAUGCAUGGGCUUCUGAUCAGGUAAUAUAUAACUUUAACAUGACUCAGUACUUCUCUUCCGAUCUUUUCAGCACAAAGGGACUAUUACUGAUAUUGACGGUUAGUGCUAUUCUCA